AUGAGCAAGCUGAACAGUAUAUUGUUAUCACAAGCAGUGGAUGACAUUGUUGGCACGUUCAAGCUGCCGACGGUCAAGUCGUCCCAACAGGAAGAUCUGUGCUUGAUAACGCCAUUCACUGUGAAAUGGCUGAAAAAGGAGUGCCACGAGUACAUGACAGUGGACGGACGAUCUAAAGAUUAUCAGCAAGAAGAAAAAGGUGAUCAAGAAGUUUUCCAAGAAGUACGACACUUUUCUGGCCUCCGACAUGCUGAUCAUGCAGAUCUCACGCUUGUUAGGUCCUGGCUUUACAGGGCUGACAAGUUCCCGACACGCGCGACGUCGAAAGACUUGCUCACGGAGAAGGCGGAUCAAGUGCGCAGUACCGUCAAGUUCCAGAUCAACAAGGUGAUGUGUCUGAACGUCGCCAUUGAUCACGUGGCUCUUUAA